UGGGAAUGUUCACACAAUGUCAGAAACGCUUACACUGGAUUUAUAAAUGAUGGUCUGGAAGUGUUUAGAGAUAAUUACUUCACAGUGUAAAACUAGUGAUCUAUGGUGGCCAUUGAUCCUCAAAGUGUGCAACACAGGAAGUGGUAGGGCUUAAACACAAACCACUGCUCUGUCAGUCAGUCAGUCAUUAAAAGGACAGGAUGGAUCUCAGUCCUCUCCCUGUGAUGUUCUUGCUGAUUUUACUUCUUCCAGCGCCACAUGCUGAAGAGAGACCAUGCCCAGUACUGAGUGUAUCUCCACAGAGCUGGGUGACUGAAGGAGACUCAGUGACUCUAAUCUGUGAGGUUACAGACUCCUCUACAGACUGGACAUUCAGCUGGUACAGAGAGAGUCCCUACAGAGAGAGUAAUGUUAACGCCACCUAUAAAGACAGCAGGAGAGGAUCUCAAGCCUCCUAUACUAUCAGUCCUGCUGCUCUUAAACACACUGGAGUUUAUACGUGCAGAGGAGAGAGAGACAGACAGAUGGUUCAGACUGAUCACAGCCUUCCACAGCCACUAUGGAUCACUGGUGAAUCUCCUCCAGUCUCUCUGAUCAUCAAUCCCAACAGAACUCAACACUUUACUGGUGACUCUCUCUCACUGAGCUGUGAGGACCAGAGUAACUCUACUGGAUGGUCAGUGAGACGAUACACACACAAUACACGAGUUACAGAUUGUUCCCAGUUGGGACCAGUUACAGGAUCUACAUGUAAAAUCAGCUCCCUCAACACAUCCUACACUGGAGUUUACUGGUGUGAGUCUGAAUCUGGAGAAAACAGUAAUCCUGUCAACAUCACAGUGUAUGAUGGUAAUGUGAUCCUGGAGAGUCCGGUCCAUCCUGUGACUGAGGGACAUCCUCUGACUCUACGCUGUUUAUAUCGCAACACAAAGCCCUCAAACCCCCGAGCUGAUUUCUAUAAAGAUGGAUCAGUUCUCCAGAAACAGACUACAGGAGAGAUGAUCAUCCAUAAUGUCUCAAAGUCAGAUGAAGGUUUCUACCACUGUAAUUACUCAGGGGAAAAAGAGUCAGAGAAAAGCUGGGUCUCAGUCAAAGGUUCUGGACCAAGUAAUCCAACAGUAAUAGGUGUUGGACUGGGUGUGGCCUUUUUGUUGAUCAUUUUAUUAAUCUUAAUCCUGCUGCAGUGCCACAGAAUAAAGAAAGAAAAACAGCAGAAAACCAAUCAGGCAUCAGAGCAGAAUCAAAGUCGGCCAGGUGAAGCUGCAGCUGAGAGCGGUGAAGUCACUUAUGCACAGGGCACAAAGAAAACCAAGGCAAACAGGACGAAUGAUGUUGAUGCUGAACCCAGUGGUAGUGAUGUGACUUAUGCUGAACUGGAAAUGAAACAGAAGAAAACAUCCAUCGGAAAAACAGAAACAGCCAGUGUGGGUGCUGAUACUGUAUACUCAGAGGUGAAGCUGAACACUGAGUGAGCCUUAUGCCUACAUAUGCUGAUGGAACCAUGAUUAACUCUUUUUGUACAAAGUAAUGGAGAAAGAUUAAAUUCAGCAGUAGUAAAAAGAAAUGUUUAAAUGUGUAAAUGAUUUAAAGAACAGAUCUUCUCCUGGGCUGUAAUUGUGAAUUUAUU